GCGGCCGCCGCGCACAUGGCGGAGCAGGCCUAGACGGCGUAGACCGUCCCCCAGCCCGGCCAGUCGAACCUCGCCUCGACCAAGUGACCGCGUGCAGGGUGCAGGCCGCCUCCGGGCCGCCUCCAGGAUGCCGGUGGCCGUCGACUCGGAGCGCGGCUUCUUCCGCGCCGCGCACCGUCGCCUGGCCGAGGCCCUGUCGUCGCAGCAGCUGCAGGAGUUCGCCCGGCUGAGCUCGGACCAGGACCGCUUCCAGUGGCUAUGGGACGUCCGCGCUGCGCACGAGACGCCGUGCAGCUUCUCGGCGAUGGACAAGGACCCAGAGCAGGCCAAGCAGUUCAAGAACGACGGCAACACGGCGUUCCAGAAGCAGGACUACAGGGCCGCCACCAGGCUGUACUCCAAGAGCAUCCAGCUCAUGCCAGCCGACUCCAGCGACCUGUCGGUGGUGUUCGCCAAUCGGUCCGCUGCACUGUAUCACCGCGACGAACACCAGCUGGCCCUGCAGGACAUAAAGAUGGCCCUCGACCUGGGCUACCCCAAGAACCUUCUCUACAAACUGUAUGACAGGCAGGCCCGCUGCCUCCUGGCGCAGAAGCAGCACAGCGCGGCGCGCGAGGCCUUCCGGCAGACGCUGGUCUCGCUGGACGACUCCCCGCUGCCGCUGGACCGCCGGCGGAAGUGGCAGAUGGACGUCCAGAUCAUGAUCAGCAUGUUCGACAAGUUCCAGGACAUCCGCGACGAGCCGCUCACCCCCGCCAUGCUGGGGCAGCCCAAGACGCCCCCGCCGGCGUCCCGCCUGUUGCUCGGCCCGCACCGCCAGCAGCGCGCCAACGGCCGCGACGGGCUGGUGUCCGCGGCGCUGCGCUUCCACGAGAAGGACGACCAGGGCGACGACGGACAGGGCCGCCACGUGACGGCGGACCAGGACAUCAAGGCGGGGGACUUGUUGCUGACCGAGAGGCCCGCCGUCGCCGUGCUGCUGCAGGAGAGGGUGCACACGCACUGCUUCCAGUGCUUCAGGCGGUUGCGAGUGCCGGUGGCGUGCCCGCGCUGCUCCGCCGUGCUGUUCUGCGGCGCGGAGUGCCGCGACGCGGCCGAGCGGACGCACCACGGCGUGGAGUGCGGUGUGCUGCCGCUGCUGUGGGGCUCGGGGGCGUCCAUCACCUGCCUCAUGGCCUUGCGCGCCAUCUCCCAGCUGCCCAAGGGGGCGGCUCCCAGCGAACGCGUCAUGUCGCUGGUGACGCACUCGGAGCGGCGGCAGCCCGAGGACCUCCUGCACCGCACGCACAUGGCCGUGUUCCUGACGCGCUGCCUCCAGACCAGCGGCCACGCCGGUGAGGGAGACGCCCUCAUGACGACGGGCGCGCGGCUGCUGACGCUGCUGCAGCUGCUGCAGUUCAACGUGCACGAGGUGUCGGAGCUGGAGGUGAAGGCGCCGCGGGCGUACGGCACGGCGUCGUCCAACUUCGUGGGCGCGGCGCUGUACCCGACCCUGGCGCUGUUCAACCACUCGUGCGACCCAGGCGUGGUGCGCUACUUCUGCGGCAGCGCCGUGGUGGUGCACGCCGCGCGCGGCAUCCGCGCCGGCCAGCCCGUCAGCGAGAACUACGGCUUCUGCUACACCAACAAGCCACGCCGCGAGCGCCAGGACUGCCUAAGGCAGCAGUACUGGUUCAGCUGCCACUGCCAGGCCUGCGAGGAGGACUGGCCGCUGCUCAAGGACAUGGACCAGAACAACGUGAUGCGCUUCCGCUGCGACCCGGGCGGGCCGUCGCCGUCUCGCUGCAGCAACGCCAUCAUUGUGCCCACCGACACCUCCAACUUUAUGGUGCAGUGCCCCGCGUGCCAGCAGCACACCAACAUCCUCAAGGGGCUCAAGGCGCUGCAGGAUACUGACAGCAUGCUGAAAAUAGCCCAGAGUUUCUUUUCCGAGGGUAAUUUAUCCGACGCCCUGGAUCGGUAUCUUAAAAUUUUAAAUCUUUUGGAAGAGACUCUGAUGCCACCCUUUAUGGAUUACGCACUCUGCCAGGACAAUAUUCGCAUGUGCUUGGUUGCUCUAGGAGAAGAUGUGGUGGUAGCAGGUGCUUCUUAAAAAGGCAGAUUUGAUUUAUAAAGCAAAUGCAAUAAAUUUUGUUUCAAAGUUGAU